AGGUGUGUCGUGUCUCUAAGAGCCGGGUCAAUCCUCCAACUCUCUUUUUCGCUUUUUCUUCCUUCAUCUUUGAUUCCUUUUGUCGCUCUCAUCGACUUUUUUUUAGCCCAUCAUGUCCUCCCCUCCUGGCACCCUGCGCCAGCGAACAGGCAAGGACAAGAAGCGCCCCGUCUCACCCAACCCAGACGCCUUGUCGGAGAAGGUCGCCAAUGUGGUUGAAAAGGUGAAGCCGGCCAUGGACAAGGUUAAGCCGUACAAGGCGGCCCAGCAGAGUGGUGAAUGGGAUUACAAGCUUGCCAUUGCUGUCAUGACGGUUCUGGCUUUCAUUACGCGCUUCUGGGGCAUCAGACACCCUGACCAGGUUGUCUUCGACGAGGUGCACUUUGGAAAGUUUGCUUCGUACUACCUCCAACGAACGUACUUUUUCGAUGUCCAUCCUCCCUUUGGAAAGCUCCUCUUCGCCUUCGCGGGCUGGCUCGUCGGAUACAAGGGCGAUUUCUUGUUUGAGAGCAUUGGCGAUUCCUACAUCACCAACAAGGUCCCAUAUGUCGCCUACCGCGCCAUGCCCGCCUCGCUCGGCGCUCUCACGGUUCCGAUCGUCUUCAUGAUCAUGUGGGAGUCUGGAUACUCGCUACCUGCCUGCAUCACCGCCGCUGGUCUGAUGCUGUUCGACAACGCCCACAUUGGCCAGACGCGCCUUAUACUGCUCGACGCUUCGCUCAUCUUCUUCAUGGCUCUCUCCGUCUUGUCAUACAUUCGCUUUUACAAAGAGCGACACGCUUCUUUUGGUGCGAAAUGGUGGAAGUGGCUGCUUCUCACGGGCAUCAGCCUGAGCUGCGUCAUCUCCAUCAAAUACGUCGGUGUCUUCACUUUCUUCUCCAUUGGUGUUCCGGUCAUGAUUGACUUGUGGGACUUGAUGGACGUCAACCGUCGCCAGGGCGCCUUGACUCUUGCUGAAUUCGGCAAGCACUUUGCUGCCCGCGCUGUCGGUCUGGUCAUUGUUCCCUUUUUCCUGUACCUUUUCUGGUUCCAGGUUCACUUUACCAUUCUCACCCGCUCUGGACCAGGCGACGACUUCAUGACCCCGGAGUUCCAGGAGACUCUGAGCGACAACGUCAUGAGUCUACAGUCUGUUGGUAUCAACUACUACGAUUCCAUUACCAUUCGCCACAAGGAGACCAAGGUCUACCUUCACAGCCACCCUGACCGCUACCCGCUCCGAUACGACGAUGGACGUGUUUCUUCGCAGGGACAGCAGGUUACUGGAUACCCCCACAACGAUACCAACAACCACUGGCAGGUCCUCCCGCACAAGGCUUUGCCGAGUGAAGAGGGCCAGCGCGUCAAGGUCGGCGAUGUAAUCCGUCUCCGCCAUUUGAUCACCGACACCAUUCUCUUGACACACGACGUUGCAUCUCCUCACUACCCCACCAACCAAGAGUUCACUACAGUAACCAAGGAUGAAGCUUCUGGUGCACGUUACAAUGAUACUCUGUUUGAAAUCAAAGUAGACAAGGGCAAGGGCGAUUUCACUACCAUGUCAACUCACUUCAAGCUUGUUCACGUGGCCACAAAGGUUGCCAUGUGGACUCAUACCAAGCCUCUCCCAGAUUGGGCCUACAAGCAGGCUGAGAUCAACGGCAACAAGGCUGUCCAAGCAUCCAGCAACAUCUGGUAUGUUGACGACAUCCCGUCUCUGCCUGUGGAGGACGUACGCAACAAGAAGGAGCCCAAGAAAGUCAAGCAUCUCGGCUUCCUGAGGAAGUGGGUCGAACUCCAACGCGCCAUGUUCUACCACAACAACGCCUUGACCAGCUCGCAUCCCUAUGCUUCCCAGCCCAUAUCCUGGCCCUUCCUCCUCCGCGGUGUCUCCUUCUGGACGCACAACGACACGCGCGAACAAAUCUAUUUCCUCGGUAACCCACUAGGAUGGUGGCUCGCAUCCUCGCUCCUCGCCGUCUUCGCCGGCAUCAUCGGCGCCGACCAACUCGCGCUCCGCCGCGGCAUGGACGCCCUCGACGACCGCACCCGCUCCCGCUUAUACAACUCCACCGGCUUCUUCUUCCUCACCUGGGCAGCCCACUACAUUCCCUUUUACAUCAUGGGCCGCCAACUCUUCCUCCACCACUACCUCCCCGCCCACCUCGCCUCCUGCCUCGUCACGGGCGCCCUCGUCGAAUUCGUCUUUUGCAUCGAGCCCCAGGACCCGGAAACCCCCGGCGCUGUUAAAGGUCACCGCCGCACUCGCUCCCGCCCUGUUCGUGAACGCGUCGCUUCGUCUAGUCUGAUGGGCAGUUGGAUUGCGUGCGGUGUUAUUCUUGCAGCCGUGCUUUGGUGCUUUUUGUUCUUUGCCCCGCUUACGUAUGGUAGUCCGGGCUUGAGUAUUAGUCAGGUUCAGAUGAGGAAGUGGUUGGGGUAUGAUUUGCACUUUGCCAAAUAGAUAUGCAUUGUUGGGGGGAUGGUUUGGGAUGAGGGGUGGAGUUGUGGGUUGUGGUGGGAUUUUCGUUUUUUUCUUCUUUCUUUUCGUUUUCCUGUCUCUUUGGGUUGGAGAGAAAUCAUUGGGGGAUAACUAAACUAAAAUAGUUGACAUUUAUUGUAUUGUAGUACAAGGCAUGGAAUGGAAGUAUGCAUAGAGAUGAUGGUGCUGGAAGAAAGCGUUUGGUUUUUCUUAUUUACUGUGCCUCUCUCGUAUGUGGUAGAAUAUACAAUCAAUAUGUGAGUUGAUGAGC